UGAUUGGCUCAACAUCGGCACCUUCAGAACCGCCGAGGGCGCCCCCUUAGCCGCUGAAUCAGUAGCAAGGCGGAGGGGAGGGAAGGAUCUUUUCGAUUCACUCUUCCUAAUUGAAAACAGAUUAGAACCGCUGCAGUUGCCAUCGACAGCACAAGAAGAGAAGCAAGAUGAUGGAAUUGGUUGUGAGGGAACAGGAGAUUGUGCAAUGGCAGAUCAGGCCCAAUUUAAUUUCAAGUGUUUGGAAGAAAGGAAAACAAGGGAAAAGAACCCAAGGGGAGAGAAAAGAAAUAAGAAAGCAAAUGGAGUUUGAAUUGCAAUUCAUUUGGAUGAUAUCUUACAAGCUAAGGGAAUGUGCCUUAAAGAUGCUGCAAAUCAUCUCAAAUUUAGCAUCACUAAACUAAAGAGUUCUAGUCGGGAUUAUGGAAUCCCCAGUUGGCCACCUCGCAUUAAUGAACACAAACUUAUCCAGCAAUCUUUCCCCAAAGAAACUCCUGCGAUUGUCGAUCAAGAGGGAAUUCCACAAUUGACUUCUCAUAUUGUGCCUUCUAAUCAAGCCUUGACGGCUACCGUUGACACAAAUAGUGUUGUUGAAAAGGAAAUUCCAUCGUCGCAGUUUUUGCCUACAGCUCAACAAGUGGACCCUGAUGCGGGUGUUGGCAACAAUGAAGCUGAGGCAAGUAGAGUGGGGAUUGAGGGAACAUGUGAGGCUGUAAUGGAAGAGGCCCAAUUGAAUUCAGGGGGUUUUGGCAACAAUGAAGCUGAGACAAUUGGGGUGGGUAUUGAGGGAACAAGGGAGGCUGUAAUGGAAAAGGCCCAAUUGAAUUUAGGGUGUUUGGGAAAAAAAGUGAAAAGGAAGGUAAAUACCUUAGGAGGAGAGAGGGGUAACAACAGAACUACUGGAGUUAGAAUUGCAAUUCCAGAAGAAGAUAUCUUACAAACUAAGGGAAUGCGUCUUAUAGAUGCUGCGAAGCAUCUCGAAGUUAGCAAAUCUACGCUUAAGCAAAUCUGUCGGGACUAUGGUAUCGAUAGAUGGCCACCUCGCAAGGAACAAGAACUUAUCAGUCAAUCUCGCCCCAACAAAUCUCCCACGAUUGUUGAUCAAGAGCAAAUCCCACAAUUGAAUUCUGAUAUGUUGCUGCCUUCUAAUCAAGUCCCGGCUACUAGUGAUACAUAUAGUGUGAAGGUAAAGGUAAGGUGUGAAGAAGGAACCAUAAUGUUUCGGUUUUCUUGUCCAUGGCGAAAGGUAGAGCUGGAACAACAAGUGAAAGAGAGGCUAUUGUUCGAGGCUAGAACUUACAAAAUCGAGUACAAAGAUGAGGAUGAUGAGUUGAUUUUAAUAAAUUGUGAUAAGGAUUUAGAGGAAUGUAUCUCCAGUUCUAGCGCGGGUGGCAGCCGUUGGAUUGAGCUAUUUCUUAAACUAAAGUAGCUCAUGAUUUCGCUUUGACCAACUUUAAUAAUGGUACUUGAGCAUUUACCCUUCUUAAUUUUACUUUAGAAGUGUUUGGUUAUGCAGUCAAACUGUUGGACGUCUCCAGAUCUAUUGCAUCGGAGAAGCGCAUUUACAGAUUAUCCAACAGCUUGGUAUUGGAGUUGUUGUUGCUGUAGUUUGAAAAUUUAGUGCUUCAUAUAUAUGGUACUAU